AGGGUUUGCCGCGGUGGGCGGGGCCUGGGUGCCACGUCUGUUCUUAAACCCGGCGCGUCUCUCGGAGCCGGGGCGAUGGCGAUGAGCGGCGGCGGAAGGCUCCGAAGCCGGACGGCGGCGACCCUGGCGGUCUGCGCGGCCUUAGUCUGGGCCGCCUUCGGCCAGGACGGGCACGCGCACGCGCACUCGCACCCGGGAGGCCACGGCGGCGGCUGCCACGGACACAGCCACGAGCACAUCUGGCACGGGCCCGGCCCGGGAGACCCCCGGGGUCACUCCCACGCCCACGCCCACGGGGGGCUGCCCGGCCACGGGGGCCCCGGAGCCUCCGCCGGGAGGAGGGAGAAGCUGGAGCCCCUCUGGCUGUGGAGCUACGCCCUGGGGGCGACCCUCCUCAUCAGCGCCGCCCCUUACUUCAUCCUCUUCCUCAUCCCGGUGGAGUCCAACAGCCCCCAGCACCAGGCCCUGCUCAAGCUGCUGCUCAGCUUCGCCUCGGGGGGCCUCCUGGGGGACGCCUUCCUCCACCUCAUCCCCCACGCCCUGGAGCACCAUGCUCCUCACGGAGAAGGCGGCGGUGGCAGCCACGGCCAUUCCCACGCCAGGCCCUCCGGCCACGGCCACUCCCACCAAGGCCCGGAGCACCAGCACACGAUGGCCGUCGGCCUCUGGGUCCUGAGCGGCCUGGUGGCCUUUCUGGUGGUGGAGAAGUUCGUCAGGCACGUCAAAGGGGGACACGGCCACACCCACGGCCACGCUCACGGUGGGUUAAGGGUUCCUGGCGGCCUCCCCCCCCCUGGCAACCCCUCCCCAGGGCUGCUCGGGCGCUGUGCCCCACGGGACAG